AUGUGCUUGUUUGGGCGCAUAUCCCCCGUCAUUGUUUUUGCAGCGCGCAAACUCAAUGUCACGUGGCUUGUUGUGCCCGACAUGACUCGUCCACCCAUGUCGGAUGCAAUGCCCCGGCUAUUUUUGAAUCACUUCACUCCACCCUGGCUCUACCCUGUCAACAUGCAUUGCUGCCUUUCACCUUGCGUUCCCGGAGCCAGCAUCCUCCGUGGUCAUAUUCUAUUCUUUGCUGCGACUUACGGUUCCGUGUACUGCAAGUAUACUUGCCAACAGCCUUUGUUGUCUAUCAUCACACGCUUGUUGUCACGACAUGGAGCUCUCCACGCGCACGCACACGGUGAUGUCAAUUGA